ACUUGGAGAUUAAGCAACAAACAAACAAACACUUCAAAAUGGCGGCCCCCAUGUUGUUUACCAUUUUUCUAGGAGUUUUCGUUAGAAUUGUUCUAUUUAACUCCUCCCUGGCUUCAUGGCUAGCAGAUAGAGUAGAAGUAUCAACGCCUUUAACAUCGUGGAAAUCAGUUAUAGAAGGAAUUACCUUACUACAGAAUGGCAUCUCGCCAUAUGCUGGAGAUGUAUUUCACGAGACACCACUUGUGCUGUAUUUCUUCCACCAUGUGCUGUCUGUAGGACCAUGGCUGGUGCCCACAGUCUUCGUUCUACUGGACCUCAUCACUGCCUGCCUGCUGCAUGCAGGGGCAGGACACUGCUUGACGUACCUUCUUUUGACUCAGUCAAAGGAAAACAGGAUAUACUCCAAGGAUGCAGAUAAGCUUCUGAUAAAGAGAUCUGAUAUACUUGAUUUGCCUCGGCUGGUAGCUUCAAUUUACCUGUUGAACCCCUACACCAUAGUCACCUGCGUGGGUCAGUCCACUAUAGUCGUGACUCAUCUUGCAGUUGCAGCAGUCUUUCUGUUUACAACCAGAGGGCACAGGUUUGCAGCUACAUUGGCCUUAGCAGCAGCAACAUACCAAUCUCUGUACCCAGCAAUGACGGUAGUGCCUUGUGCAAUGCAUCUGGUCAUUUUAAAGGCUCAGACUGGAUCCUCCGUUGUCUCCUACCUCAGUUCCUCCUCCAUCAAGUCUUACAUCUCCACUACCGUGAUGUUCAUCUUCUGGCUGGGAUGUCUUCACGGACUGUCUUUCCUCAUGCUGGAUUCCUGGGACUUUCUCUUCUCCACUUACGGCUGCAUCCUUACAGUGCCCAACCUCACCCCCAACAUGGGGCUGUUCUGGUAUUUCUUCACCGAGAUGUUUGAGCACUUCCGUCACUUCUUCCUGUGGGUGUACCAAAUCAAUGUCUUCAUCUACACGGCGCCACUGGCCAUCAAACUAAGGAAGCACCCGCUCUUUAUGAUGUACAUUCAGUGCAUCAUUAUAGCCAUCUUCAAGUCCUACCCAGCAUUUGGGGACACAUCGGUCUAUCUGGCCCUGCUCCCGGUCUGGUCUCAUGCCUUCUACUAUCUACGUAACAGUCUUGUGGUGGGAGUCAUGUUUGUCCUGUCCUCCAUCUUGGCUCCCAUCUUGUGGCAGUUGUGGAUCUACUCGGGAAGUGCCAAUGCCAACUUCUUCUUUGCCUUCACUCUGGUCUACAAUACCGCCCAGAUCUUUCUUGCCACCGAUGUCCUGUAUGCCUUCUUGAAGCGGGAGUUUGCACUGGUUAAUGGAAUGAAGCCAACAGACAAGGAUGGAAAUACUCAACAGGCAGUAUUGCAGUAAAACGCAUACAGGCAAUGUCGUCUUACAAUAAAAACUGUUGUAUAUAUUUAUAAAAGUUUUCACAUUUAAAAUAAUCCGCAAACUCGAAAGCAGUUUUUUCCAUUAACUUGAGCCUCUGACAUGAAAGUUAAAAAUUUUGUAGAAACACAUUGCACAAUGUUUUUUUUUAAAAGGAGCAUGGAAUGUCAUAGUGUGCAAGUUCUCUAUUGGGACCGUGGACCAUAACUGCUCAACUGUUGUAGUCAUUAACCCUAAAAGGGCCGGGGGGAGGGGGGGGCGGAAACUGCCCCCCCCCCCUCAACUUUUUUUGCGAUAGCCUUGAAUUUUUUUUUUUUGCGACCCGAGCUGUUAUGAAUUUUUAGCCUCGAGCCUUGCACAUCUUUUGAUAUCAAAAACAUAACAAUCAGACCACGGGUUGCCGCACAGCUUAUUGCCGCACAGCUUAUUAAAUAACAUUCUUCAAAACUUACUUAUAAUAAUGACGUUCUCCAAAAAUAUCACUGGAAGGAAAGCCAUCAGUCAGUGGAAAGUUUGAAUUCACAGAAUUAGUACCCACACUCUGUUAAUUUUUGUAAAUAUAAUUAGUUUUGGGAUACCAAUGGACGGAAAGUUUCUGCAUAAUCUUUUUCUAAAGAAUAAAAAUUUGUACAGAGAAAAUAAAAAUUGUUAAUUUGUAGCACA